ACCAAAUACUGCUCCGCGUUGGGCUCGCCGCAUCAGCUGUUUCAUAUUGUCAUGAUAAGAAGACAUUUGGCACGGGCAUUUUAUUUUCAGAAAUAUGGCAACCAGGAAACCACCAGGAAAGGGAUCUCUCAAAUAUCCUGUCUUUGUGUUUCCAUCAAGUCUGAAUUUUUACUUGGAUGACCCAGCCAGCUUGAAGCAAGUGGUCACUCUCUACAACCCAUAUGAUAUUGGCAUCACAUUCAAAGUGUACGCCAACCAGCCGGCCAAGUACAAGGUGGUGGACCCGGUGGGCUCCAUCAAGGCCAAGUGCUGCCUGGACAUCGUGGUGCGCCACACCAGCCCCAGCGUGCAGUCGGUCAACGUCACCGACAAGUUCCGCGUGGACAUCGUCGAGUUUGGCCACAAGGAGCUGAUCGGCCGGACUUACCUGCCGUCCACGCUGCUGCCGGGCCGACCGCCGGCCGAGGAACACGAGGAGCUGGAGCAGGAGCGCGAGGGCUUCCACUCGGUGGUGCAGGAGCGUAGGGGCGCCGACACCAGGCCGGCUCGCGAGCCGCCAGGCGGGUACGGUCUGGGCCAGGUGAGCCAGCACCACUGCCUGGUGGUGGCGGCGGCGCUGGUCUGCAUCGGCGCCCUGCUGCUGCCGACGGCCGGCGAGACGGCGCCCUCGCUCGUGCCGCCGCAGCUGCACAUCAGCUCUCAGGUGAAGCUGGCCUUCGCCUACGGCCUGGGCCUGCUGACCAUGGCGCUGCUGCGACCCGCCUGAUGGCCCGGCCGGCGGCGAGCGGCGUCCGGUGCCGGCGCGGCGCCGAUGGUGCAACCGGGAAACGGCGUCCGGCGGCGGACCGGGCCGGCUGAGGACGAGCGCUGGCCAGGGCUAGCGCAGUUGAAGAGCUCGGUGGCGACGGGGUCGGUAGCCGUGUACGGUGGCAGGGGUGUCAGGCGGUGGAGGGGUGGCGCCGCGCGCCCGCCGAAAACGGCGGCGUCGGGGUCGGAGGCGGGACGCUGAAUGUAAAAUAGAUUGUCUCAAUCACAAGAGGAGACGAGGAGCGGUAGGCGGAUCUCGUAACCUGGAUUGCUGGGGACGACGGACG